GUUUUGCAUAAGAAAGUAAUACACAUCUGGGAUGGCAUGCGGGUGAGUAAAUGAUGAGAGAGUUUUCAUUUUUGGGUGAACAAUACAUUUAAUUCAAGAGGGUUUUUUUUUUUAUUAUUAUUAUUUAAUAUUGCAUGCUGUCCAAAAACGCUGUUUUGUUAUUCUCCUGUAUCGUAUUAUCUUUUAUUUUUCGUAUAGUUAUGUAUUAAUUACUUUCAGAUCGUUGCGCGCGAGUUUGUUUAUGAAACGUCGCAGUCCGUAACCGCUGCCAUGUGUCUGAGGCUCGGCGUGAUGAUUUAUUAAUAUCGACGUUAAGCGCAGGUUGAGUUUCACCCACGCGCCAACCACAGAAGACACGAACUUCCUCUCACUUGAACUUUUUUUCAAAAUGCCUGAUUCCCGUUUUGUUUUUUUGUUUUGUUUUUUUUCCCUUGCGCAGUUUUCAGUCGUUACUUAUUUAUGCUCUUGAAAUAACCUGUAAACCUUCACUCCCACUUUAAAGAGUCUUUUUGCUGGACCAAAGGAACAUUACAGGAUGAGCACUAACGACCAGUCAAAGGACAUAAACAACAGGAACCAGGUGAGCAGAGUGUUGUGGCCACAGGUUUCUCCGCUUUGUGCUCCACAUUACUCUGACACAGGCUCAGAUUACACAGAUGAGCACAGAUCUUAUCACAUGAUGGGCCACUAUCUGCGUGGAAACAUCUUCCCUGGGCCCCCAGUGGUGUGGUCAUCUCAGGUCAAGGAUUCAUAUGUUCAGCAUCCCCAAUCAGCCUUUGUUCAUGAUCCAGAGCACUGGCACGGCCAUAAAACCGAUCACUUGGUGAAGUGGACAGAGCAGAACUUUCUCGACAAACGACUGCACAAGCUGCUGAAGGAAAUGGAGGUCAAGGGCGUGUCCAAAUAAGCCUGACAUUUGUCGCUUUUGAAAACCGCAGCAAAUAAACUCCUUUUCACACCUUCAGAAAAGACUUAUAAUGAUACUCACCCAAGCACAUACACACACAGUUUUUAUUUAAAGACUUACAUCUAAAUAUGCACUUGUGAGCAUCAAUAUUCACAAAUAAACCCUAUUCACACUUGAACUGCUAACUCAUACUCAGGGUUGGGAGGGUUACUUUUGAAAUGUAUUCCACUACAGAUUACAGAAUACAUGCUGUAAAAUGUCAUUUGUAACAUAUUCCGUUUGAUUACUCAAGGUCAGUAACGUAUUCUAAAUACUUUGGAUUACUUCUUUAGCACUGGUAGAUUUUUUCACUUAUUUUGACUAUAAAAACUCUGCCAGUACAGUAAGACAAAAUACACAUGUUAAAAAUACAUUCUCUGAAAAACCUAAAUAUCUUAUGCAGUGUUGUUUCUAAAACAAGAUUAAUCAAAUUGAUCUUGUUUUAAGGAUUUUUAGAUAUUUUUACAUGAAAACAAUACAAAAAUAAUUAUCAAGAAUAUGAGUUUUGCCCUAAUAUCAAAGAUCUUACUAGAAAAAAAGAAAUUAUGAUCCAACGUGAAUUUUCUGCAUGUAAAAUGGCUAGAAAUAGCAUUUAGCUUAGCGUAAAGCUGACAAUUUACACAAGGUUUAUUUCUAUUUCUUCUGCUCCAAACUUACUUCAAACUUACUUCUCUGUCUGCUCGUAUGAAUGUAACACAUCAUAAGAAAGUGUUUCACCGCUGUUCAAAUGCACUUUGAAUUGCAUCAUUUAUAUGUAUAAAUGUUUUCCAUCUGAAAGGACUAAAUAUUAAAUGAAACAAAUGACAAUAAAAUGCAAAGUAAUCUCUUCAGUAAUCAAAAUAGUUUUUGAAUGGAACUGUAUUCUAAUUACCAAUGAUUUAAACUGUAACUGUAGCAGGCCCGGUUGUUUUUUAUGUACAAAACAUUUAUUGCUUUGUUUUUUUCUUAUCUUCUUCACAUGAUCUGUCGCUGAAAAUGACAGCAAAAUGCUGCGCCUGCAGAUAAUUGAUUUGCGAAAUCAUACACGUUUAUAAGUUUUGAUGCAGCAUUUUGAGUUUGCUGGGAUUCAAGGAAAUCUGCUUGCCAGUUAUUGGUCUUACAUAUUCAGCUGAGCAGAGGUGUGCGGUUAUUUUGGUACAAGGGCCACAUCAGCCGUUAAGUAGAACAUGGAAGAGAGAAGAUAAAAAGUUCUGCAUAUUUGUAUUUUUUAAGCCCAGAAGUAGAAGUGCACUCAAAGAAUGAUGCACAAUUUUCUGAAGUGUAUACUGAUUGACGGGACCAUUCUGUGAUUGCUUGAAGUUUUGCUGCUACUUUUCUAUCAUGUGUUAGUAAAACUGA